AUGGUUAAGACACCAUUUACUAUUCCAAUAACCAAUAACCACCAAACAGCCUCACAAAUAACAGAACCUUCUGCAGGAAGGUUGCAGCACUCUGGACUCAGCAGCGACACUCAGCUCGGCUUCCAUCCGUCUUGCGUCCCUUCGUCUCGUGUGGCGAGGGCGGGGCAGCACAGCUCCGCCCUUGUAGGUGGCGUUGAAGUGGUAACCACGGUGAGAGCAGAGCCAGCCAGCGUAGGAGGAAGUGAGCAGGACGAGGCUCAGCUUCUGUCUGCCGAGGAAGGCGAGCUGCAGGAGCCACGUCAACUCCUACUGACGCUCGAGAAGCCGCGGUGGCCGCUUGAGAAGCUUCGUUCCAUUCCUCUAUCUUAUUCUCUCACUUCCACAACACACUUCAUAGGUUCGUGGCUUGAGGUGCGCAGUGUGUCGACGCGCAUCGUCUUCAUCACCAUCUUCAUGGCCACGUUGGUGGUAUACGCGCACUACACCUCGGCGCUAGUGUCACUGCUCACCGUCGCCUCUACCAGCGUCGGGUUCUCCAGCCUGCAGGAGCUCGUGCAGGACGGCUCCUAUCGCUUCGGUUUCAGGAGCGGGACGCUGCUGGAGCAGGAGUUCAGGAAGGCACACCACUCGGUCUUCCGGGACGUGUGGGAGGAGCUGGUGCUGCCUCACGCUGACAGCCUCGUUACAGAGAACCAGCACGGCAUUGCCAAGGUGACGGAGGAGAAAUACGUGUACAUGAUGGAGGAGAACAUGUACAGAUCCAACUACGGGAACAACUGCCGUGUGAUGCAAGUGAAGGGGAGCUAUUUCACCACGCAGACUGGCCUGGCGCUGCGCCGUCACUCCCCGCUUACCAAGAUACUUGAUGCCCAACUCAUAAAGUUCCGAGACGGAGGUUUGCUGAGCCGGGCGUGGCGUCGGUGGCAGCCCGUGGUGACUCACUGUUCCGCCCAAAGAGUAGUGGCCAUCGAGCUGAACCACCUCUUCACCGCCUUCCUGCUGCUGUUGCUCGGCAUGAUCCUUUCAGUGGUUAUCUUGCCCUGCGAGAGGCUUCACUGGCAGGCGGUGGGCAAACUGAAGGCCCAUCAAAUCCAGGUGAUGCGGCAAAAGGGCCUCGUGUCGCCCCUGCCUCCACCUCAGGAUCUCCCGGCAGCCAGAGGGGACAUCUCACUCAUGGGCCGCCUCCGCUACUCCACGCAUCACAGCCCGCCUCUUGCACCCUUUGGUACUCAGUAGGUCAGCGCUCUCCACGUGCCUUUGCUUCGCUGUCUACAUUUCUAGCGUCAAUAUUCAGAGUUGUGAUUGUUUCAUUCUGCCGAGUAAGACUAAUAUUUUCAUUGUCUUCUCUGUACUUCUUAUGGUCAAUGUUCAGAGCUGUGUUCGUUUUAUUGUGGCAGGUAAAACUAAUGCUUUCUUUGUUUUUCAUUUCGAUUAUCAGGUAUAGAAAGAAUUUAGCAAGUGAAGUUACUUAUCUAGAAAAGUAAGCCAAGUCAAAUAAACAUGAAACCAAUAUAGUAUAUGGUUACUUACCUGAAAAAAAUAAUCAGGUAAAAAAAUAAUGUACUAGACCGGUGGUUCUUAAACUGGGGCGUUCCCCCUAAGGGGGCGCCAGCAAUUUCCAAGGGUUGUGCAAGCCCUUGAGAAAGACCAGGAAUUUCUAUGUUUACAUUUGUCAUUCUUUUAUCAAGUAAUGAGUUUAUGAAAAAUGCAAAAGUAUUCAUAGAUGUAAGGGAUGCGUGCAUGGAGGGGAGAACAAAUUCCUAGAGGGGGCGUGGUAGAAGAAAGGUUAAAAACCACUGCUCUAGACGAUUUUACUUACCUGAAAAAUUUGAUAAGUAUAUAAACAGUAUGUUACAUGUUAUUUUCCUGAAAAAAAUUAAAUAGGUAUGAAAAUAUUGUCGUAUAUAAUAUAUGGUGCUACGUGAAAAAUAAGUAUCAGGUACAUAACAGUUAUGAUAUUGCUUGAUUAAAGUGGCUGCCAGAAUAAGACUGAUAUAAUUCUGACAACGGUGCAUGUAGUGGUAUAGUAAAGUCUUGGUCACGAGCACCGGAGGUUGCGUUAUCCUACACUAGCCGCCUUCCCGUCAACAGUGUAUCCCAGCCCAUGCAUGCGGUACGCCCAGAAAUACUAUUAUUGUUAAUGGUAUACAGGCAGUACUGACGAAUGCCUCAAAUUGCCUAUAGCAUGUCUUUAUUUCCAGAUAGAUAAUAAAAUCUGCCUUAUGUAUCAAUCGAUGGUGACAGGUGUUCCUAAAGUGUACUGUAUGUAGUGGAAUCAGACGGGUAUAGGUUGCCAAAGUACAAUAAUGCAACUUUCAAUCCUGGUGAUACAGACUGCAGUAGACGUAUUAUCGUGGCGAGUCUCCUCUCGUUGGUGAAGCGUUGUAGUGUUUAAGUAGCAGUGUACGUAAAGUGUAGUAGCGUAGACAAAUAGUUUUCUUUAAAUAUAAUGUCUUUAGUGUAGCAAUGAAACAAUGAGUGGUACAGUUACAGCCACAAA